AUGAACGACUUAGCGGACAACGAACCUACGAUUCUGGAAGAGUCCUCGGAUUAUCCACCGACUCAACAUGUCCCAAGGUUCUCGCGCUCUUUCUCCUCGCCCUUACCCGCAACCCUUGGCCAUCUCCAACGUCCGCAAAGCACAGAUGGUCAACGUCUAGCAGAAGUCAUCGAAUUUAACCCGGCCAUCAUUGCGUCUGAGAUCGCUGAUUCAGCGCAGACGGUCAUCCAAACCCUUCUUCAAGUCUCCCCACCUCACCUACUCGAUCCGACAAAGGAGCAGCUUUCUGGUUGCUCUCUACAAGUGCCGACAACCUCAAUGUCUGCAGUGCUCACCAAGCGCCCCAGCAACGAGUUCGAUGUUGGAGAACUCCUUCAAAACGUCGGGGAUGCUCUGAGCGGAGUCGCUGCGGAAGCGGGAGUCAAUUUGGUUGUAUUUCAGCAUGAGCCCAAGCUCGACAGCUCAACCAUCAUCUCUGAUGAGUGCGGCUUGAUCUACGCUGUAACGACGAUUGGGCGUCAGAUCAUUGGAUCAUCUAUCCCCGGGGAUGUGCUGGAGAUUGGUUUACGACUCGAACAGUCCAAUGCGUCGUUAGUCGACUCACUUGCCACAUGCAAGUUCGACUUCAAACAUCGUACGGUUGCGAGUUCGGCCCAGCCAAUCAAGCACGAGUCGUUCGUUAUUGGCAGAUUGCUCGAGAUGCUCCAAGCCACCAUAACCACAGUCCCCAAUGAGAGUGUCGACGGGAUGACAAUUGUGAGACACGAACUCUCUUUUCAAGCAAGCCACGGGGAUGCCGAGCCACUUAAGUCCACUCCAGCUCCUAUGGACAUUCCAAUGCGGCAGCCAUUUCACGGCGUCAAACUGGCAUCCGAGCCUACUUAUUCGGAAUUGGCCAACUUCGCAGUCUUUCUUCGACAUUCAAAGGUAUCGCUAUAUGCCAGCCCGGACAGUACUUUCGCCCACAAAUUAACUCUCUAUCUGGCUGGUUGGGGAGUGGACGUACUCGUCGCAGCGUCUACAAUCGAUGGAACUACGACACCUCCUGAAGGAGAUCCGUCGGUAACCUCGAAUACUACGACUGGCCCAGAUAGCGCCGCUUCGAAAGCUGAAGGAAAUGAUACUGCACCCCAGCAGCCGCGAGAUGCAGAGAAGCAUACAAAAGGACGCCCGUUGAUCAUUAUCGACGACGAUCUCUCCGUCCUGAGAUUAAAACUCAUGGAACUCCAACUACAUAUCCCACCUACCAAACCCACGCGACCAAGCUUGGCCUCCAACCACAGGCCUAAGUCUGCAAUCCUAAAGCGUGUCAUGGGGACCUUCAACGAGUCCAUGCGGGAGCCUCAGCCCGCCAUAGUGUACUUCACCAGUCUCUCCAAAUAUAGGGAUGUCAAAGAUGCCAUUCAAGCAUCGGUGUCUCGAGAACCUGGGAGGUGUCCUGACAUCGUUGUUGUCCCCAAACCGGCUGGUGUUCGUCGUUUCCUGACCGCACUCUAUGUAGCAUCAACCAAACCCUGGGUUGACCCUCUGUUCUUUAGCCCAAUCGCCACGUCCCCAAUGACCCCUCAUACUCUCACACCAUCACCUUUUAUUCCGACAUCGGUCAAACCAUUGGCUCCAGGGACACCUCCGGCAGUAAUAGAGGUACCAACUCAAGAUGUCGCCCAAAACGCACUGUCGAGCGGCACUCCCACCCCUAUACAAACUCUUUCGUCGCCCAUAGGAGCUACUGGAGGAUAUUUUGACCGAGGAGGUAGCAAAAUUGCUGGUUCUGUGACAUCUGGACUCUUCGUCAAAAGCGCAGAUGGGAAGACGGGGAUAUGGUUCCAACCUCCUGAACAAGCAGAUCGCGCUCUCGACCACCCUGUAUCGGGCAGCUCAAACUCUGCACACGACGUGGCUAUUCAGCGGGCAUCUUCAUCACAGACAACUGAAAUACCUAGCACAUCCAUACCAGCAACAUCAAAAGUUCCAAUCCCUGACGGUGACACCGACCAAGGUCCAAACUUGGUAUUUGAACAGGGACCACCCUCCGCUGCCCCAAAGGCACCGAGAGCAUCGAUCGUUGGUGCAAAGGCCAAGGAACUAAAGGAUGCAGUUGUCCCACCAAUCAAUGUACUAAUUGUAGAAGCGAACUUUUUAUCGGGAUUUAUGCAGAAAAACAAAAUAUCAUAUGGGAUGGCGUGCAAUGGACAAGAGGCCGUUGACAUGUGGAAGCAAGGCAGCUAUCACUUGGUUCUGAUGGACAUACAAAUGCCAGUUAUGGACGGCAUUGAGGCAACUAAAAAGAUACGGGAACUAGAAGCAGCUCGAUAUCGAGGACUUUCUUCUUUUGGCACGGUACCAGAGGGCAUACAGACACCGACCUCAUCCGUAUCAAGUGACUCACUACAUCCAUCCACACCAUUUCACUCAUCGGUCAUUAUUGUGGCGCUAACUGCGCAAGCCUCGACACAAGAUCGUGUCACAGCCCUCGCGGCUGGAUGCAAUGACUUCCUUAGUAAGCCCGUGAGGAAUGUUUGGCUCGAAAAAAAGAUUAUUGAAUGGGGUUCCAUCAAGGCCCUCCAAAUGUGGGCAGAUCCAGAAAUAGAGCCAGCACUACAAAGAAAGCAACAAACAGCAGCACAAGUCGUCGCUGAUAACCUGAAAAUUGUUCGGCCAGGACGGAGCACUGCGGCGACGUGA